AUGGGCAAACGGAAGAAUGAGCAGCUGCCAGGAGGAGACAGUAAACGGCACGUUCCCAAAACUAAACGAAAUCUUCAGGAAGAUUCAGAGGCGACGGGAAAUGACAGCUUAGACAUGACUGGAGCGGCUCAGACCGGUGAUGCCAACAGAAAACUGAAGCCGCCCGCAGAAUGGGUGGAGGAUCGGGGAGAGACGACCCAUGGCAGCACCAGCAACCCCGUGACAAACGCACCGAGGAGCGCAAAUGGCGACGGGGAGGCGGCUGCUCCGGAGCAAAGCCGGGCAGGGGAGCGCAUUCCCAGCCCCUUACCGCAGGAAGGAAGAGACACGGGCACCAGCGGAGGUGGCAAGUCACUGGAGGCAGCUGUCCCGGGAGCACCAUCUCAGCCACAGUCACCACAGCGGGCAAAUUCGAUGGCAGAUGAGACAGAAGAGGAUCAGCCGGUGGUGACUGCGGAGCAACACAGAAGCGCUGGUGAAGAGCUGGAUGCCGAAACCUCAACUCACCGCGGAACAGGCAGUAUCGGUGACAGUCCUGAGCACGGCUCCGCUGCGCCAGUGCGAGAAGAGGGGGUGGCCGGCAGAGAGAUCCCUCUCCCUGUGGAUACUCCGGGCCAGAGCAGCGGCAACAGCAUGCCAGCGGAGGUGCCUGAGCCUCGCCGUGAAGAGGGAGUUAACCGCAGCGAGCUGGGUGAGUGCCGAGGUGACACCGAUCAAAGCCAGGAGCCGCCGCGCCCGUCUGUUGUAAACGGCGAAGAAAAUGAAUCCAGUGCCAUAUCCGAGAGGGCGGCUGGAGGAGAACACUGGGAAAACAUGAGCGGGGAACAACCGCGGGCAACCGGUACGAACGACAUGGUGAAGAACGCAGCUGAAUCCUGGUGCAGCCUGGCCAGUGGCAGCGUCUCCAUUUCAGGGGUCUGCGCCCUGUCUGCAGACCUGAAGGCAGGGGGAAGCACUGCCGAACUGGAGCGCGCGGGCGCUGCCGGUACCAUCGGUCCGGUUAGCCGGCCCCAGGGUGGGAACAUUUCCCCGCGGAAAACAUCAGGAGAAGCCAAUGUGGGCCGGGAAGAGGCCAGAGGGGAAGAAACCCCCUCUCCCGAAACCAGCUCAGCGCCGGAUCCUGCUGUCCCCGCUGGUGGGAAUCCCACAGGCGAGAGGGAAGGUGAAGGUCUCGCAGAGGAACGGGAUGUGGAGGCGAGAUGUGUCACGGAGCACACGGACAUCACGCCGAGAACGGACACGGAGCUCCCCGCUUGCUCUGGCAACCUCCCGUGCAGCGGAGGAAUCGCAGUGAGCACACCCGCCCUUACGGCAAUACCGGGGCCGGCUCCCACGGGCACUGUGCAACCGCCUGCCGCGAGCACCAGUUCGGCUGUCGGCACAGACCCCCGGGACGAGACCUGUUCGGCCGGGGAGCCAUCCAGCGUCCUGGGAGGGAACAGCCUCGAGCUCCUCCCACAGCAGCCGCUCCCUGCCGCCGACCGGCGCAACACUGUGGUGCCCGGGCGCGAGCCGCGUGCCGCAGCGGGAGGGAGCCAUGGCGAAGAGGCGCCGCCGCUGCUUGCCAAGGGGAACGGCCCGGACCAGCUGCGGCCCAGGGGCGAGGAGCCGGAGGGGUUGUGUCCGCCCGCCUGCCAGGAGGACGCGACCAACGUCGUCCGCGGCCUGAUCCUGGAGCUCUCCAACCUCAACCGCCUGGCGAUGAGCGCCCACCGGGGCCUGGAGGCGCUGAGGAGGCCGAAGCCGCGGCGGAGCAGGCGCCCGGGGCCGGUGCCCCCACACGCCGGGAGGUGGCGGAAAGAGACGUAG